AUGGUCGGACUACAACUCAAUGGAGUUAUGUCAUUUCACAGUAGCCAUCAAUCGUUCACAGUAGCCAUCAAUCGUAUUGGAGUUCUAGUUCGUGCAGUCAAUGUUGAUCAACUCGAAGCGAGGGGAAGUUGGAAAAAGGAAACGGUGGAGCUAAUCUCGGGAUAUGUACUGUUCAGUUCUGGUAUUCAUGCUAUUGGAAUGGACACCUCCUACGCACACCCGCUCGGAUGCCCCAGGAUAAGAAGGACCAAAUCACUAUAG